AUGUCUCUGCAUAGCGGCCUCAACCACUUGCCUAUUGAGCACAUGUCUCUAGAUAACACAAUCCCUCUUCUCGUCUUAGUUCUGGGAUUCCUUCAAGUUUGCAUGUACAUAAUUCUUGACUGGGACGGCAAGAUCUACUCUUUUUUCUUGGGAUCAAGGUCUUCCACUUCUUCCAUUCAAGAGCAAUCCAGUGAUGGAUUAAAGAACUCCGGAGUUGUUGGGGAGGAAAAGAAGAAGAAGAAGAAGCAGAAGAAGAAUCAAGUUUCAGAGUUUUUGGUGAAGCAGCAGCAGCCUGGCUUCAAAGUCGACAAACAUGAUGAAAGCGUAUGCGGGGAAGACGUAAAACUGGUGUUCACAAGCCUAGGAUUGUUAGGGCAUCAUGAUCACGAUGGUGCGAGAAUAGUUGAGGAGAGAUUGAAUUGCAAUGAUCUCUUUAAUUUGUUCGAGGAGAAGGAACCUAGUGAGGAUGAGGUAAAGGCUACUUUUGAUGUGUUCGAUCAAAAUAAGGACGGGUUUAUUGAUGCAAACGAGUUGCAGAGACUUUUAUGCGCUCUGGGAUUGAGAGAAGGAUCAGAGUUGGAGAACUGCAGAAGAAUGAUCCGGGCGGUUGAUGAGGAUGGGGAUGACAAAAUCGAUUUCAUUGAGUUCGUCAAGUUUUUGGAGAACAGUUUCUGCUGA